AUGUUUGAGGAAACUCAGCCAAAAGUUAACAAAUACGAAGAUAACAACAAAGCGAAUAAAGUAUUAGGAAAUGGCAAACAAAUAAACUUGGCGACGGAAAGUGCCACAGUUAAAUUUGACCCAAUUGGAUUAGAACCCUCCCAAAAGAAAGUAAUGGAUGUUGAUGGUGAAAAUAUUGAUAGCCUUCAGGGCUUAUCUGUCCAUUUAGAUGCUUGUUCAGAAGAGCAAAACUGGCAUCAUUUUCAUGACAAUGAUUAUCAUGAUCACGGUCAAAGACAAGGAAUGGAACAUGGGCAGGAUCAUGAAUUCUACGUAGGGCAUGUACAUAAUCAUGAAUAUCCGUCCGAAAAGGAGUUGCUAGCUGACGAGUUUGAGUCAUAUGGCGAUAAAACUCAAGCGCUCGAACUCAGAGAUUCAAUGAAGCCGCCGACCUUGGCGAACACCCCACAGUCCUCGUUGCUCUGGCUAGGAGAAGCGUCCAAUCGAGAUCUGAGGUAA